CAAACGAUUUGACUCGCAGAACUGUCAUAAUAAUAUUCCCUUUCCCGAUAUUUAUAUUUAUCUAAAUUUAAUUUAAUAACUAAUAAGAAAUGGAUUCUGCGUCAAAAUUUGAUCAAUUACUUAAUUUUUCGAAUAAAGUCAUUGACAAAAAGUGUUUAAAACCUUUGUCAAAGUACGACAACUUAGUAACACAGAAUUUACAUGCGGCUCAGAUAAGUACUAGGCCAGCAGAAGCAAAUGGACUAUGGUGUUUCACUCUUCUGCCAACAGUAUUAAUAGUCUACAGCUUGCAAUAUAAAGUGUCGGCAGCAUAUAAGCUAGCAGCUUGUGUGUCUGCUGGACUCUUGUUUUAUAAUAUAUUGUUUCAUAUUUUUAUAUCCAUUACAAGCCUAGUGUUAACUACAGGGUUGGGGGCAGGUUGCUUGGUAUCUGGGUUGAUAACAAGUGCACUGGUGUACAAUGUUGUUAAAGAAGACACACUAUUUUUACUUAUCUUUGCCCUACCGUCACCAUUCAUCUUCUGUGCAUUACUCCGGCAUUUACUGGCAUAUCCCAAAACAUUUACUCUCGGAGAGGCAGUGAUCGUUGCACAGAGCGCAGUGAUCGCGGGUACUGUGAUGGUGGCUCAGACUAUGUGUAAUUUGGAAGAUAAGGGCACUGACGUGGAUCUUGUGAAUGGUGUUGUUAUUACAGUGUUAUCAACAGUGGGAUUAAUUGUAACAGCCCUAUAUUUACUGAAGGAAGACUCCAGAACAAUUAAUUUGUUGAUGUACAUCUUGACCGCCGCUGCAGCGUUUGCGGUCAUACAACUAUAUACAUUACUUGGAAUGACUUGUAUACCUCAAUUAUUCAUAUUUCUCUUUAUUCAUCCGACGAGAGUAAGACUAAUAGCUUUCUGGGCGUGCCUAGUAUUAGUCGCUAUAUUUGUGCUGGUAUUGCGCACCAAAGCAGCCGAAAAGGCUACAACCGUCACAAGGAAAUCGUUUCAUCUGCUCGCCGCUGCAGUAUUCGCCACGGGGAUAUUGUUAGAUCUCAGACUUAUGGAGAUGGCGGCUGGCAUUGGGUUUGGACUGCUUAUUUUAGUUGAGGCAUUGAGAAAAUCGAAUAUAGAACCAAUCUCACCAGCAUUACAAUCGGCGUUCCUCGUUUAUAGCGAUGAGAAGGAUUGCGGCGAAUUCGCGCUAACCCCUAUCUACAUGUACUGCGGCCUUGGUUUCGGUCUACUAGCGCCGCGCGAGGCACCGACACUGGAGCGACUAGCAGGCGUGCUGGCCGUGGGCGUGGGCGACGCCGCCGCCAGCUGGUUCGGCAAGAGAUACGGACACAGGAAAUGGCACGGGCAAAGCCGAACAGUGGAGGGCACGUUGUUCAACAUACUGUCACAGGUCAUGACAGUCUACUGUCUCGAUUUAUUUGACGUAAUAGAGUGCAACAACGCAGUGUUCCGCACAGCCAUAGCGGCGACGGCUUCAAGCCUAGUGGAAGCGAAGACGGCUCAGGUCGAUAACUUGAUACUACCACUGAUCAACAUCAUCGCCUUCCAGUUUACACACUUUUUGAGCUAGAUUAAGAUAAUAGUCAGCAGUGGCGUAGUAUGAACUAUUCAAGCCGAGGGCAAAAUCUAUGAGCCCAAGGCCGAAACACUGAGACCAAGGCCGCUUCGCCCACGCCUAGCUACGCUACCGAUCAGUCAAAGUAGGUACUAAGGACGAAACACGCUGUGGUUGUUUUGGUUGUGAAUUUAACUUGUGACAUCAAUUAUACAAAAUUAAAACGUUUGCUGGGGAAAAUCUAGUUAGGUUGAAUUUAUUUUGUUUAAAAAUUGAAACUAUGAAUAAUUCAAAUAUCAUUGAAGCGAAGUUUACAAGGUUUAAUCGUUUUUGAGUCUUGCAAUGUUUCUAUAUCUAAUUGUCAUGAACUUCUCAUUUAAAUGUGCACAGUUGUGUCGAAGUCUAGUCAAAGGUCCCACUUUGUCGCUUACCAUAAGGACGAGAGUUGCUUGUAUCUUUAUAAAAAUAACAACCUGUCAAUCAAAGCGUCCUUAUGGCAAGCGAAACAGUGGGACUUUUUUGCUUAGAAACGACACAAUUGUAAGUCGUAUCGUGACUGGCUGACGCCGUGUAGCAUUUAUAACUAGUAGUGAUAAAGUAAGAAGGGGGUAAGAAGUGAUAUUUAAGACUGUAAUUGAACAUUUUUAAAUCGAAUUUAUUUAAAUUUAAUGACAAUGCAAUGUUUUCGUACCAUCAAGCUGUCCAGAUGAUGGAAACCAAAGGUUCUAAGAACCACUUUGUAAUAAAUCAACGCAGGCUUAUUAGGCUAAUGCGCAGGCAUCGCAGUUCUACGCAGCGCAGGACAGAGCAGAACGUAUGGAACGUCCUUUAGCUACGCACACUGCGGUGCAAGCUUGGGCACGUAAGGCACGUUAGAAUUACUUUGAAGACCGUCUAACGAAAAAUAAUCAGAUUAAGAACUUAUGUAUUAUUUUAUAAAACCUUUUCUACUUUUGUACCUUAUAAUUUAUGACUUAGACAUUCCAAAUGACACCAAAGAGUUUUGUUAUAAUUAAAAUUAUUUAAUAUUAAA